AGCCCUGACUUCAGACCAACUUCUGAACGACUGGGUAGGAAGGUACUCUACAUCAAGAGACAACAACCAGACACAACUGAGCAGCUGCAAUCGUCAAGACCAGCACCUUGGAAAAGAAAGAAAUUCUGAAGACAUCUGAUUGCACUGAACCUUUUAGCCACAUUGAGAAUUAGUGCAGAAUUUCUCAUUCAGUCUUAGGAACAAGAACAUUACAGAAUGAUGAAGUACUACCAGUGCCCAGUCACCCAGACCAUACGUUAUGAGGGGUGCAAUCCAAAUGCCACUGGACCAGUGUCAUGCUUUCAUUCACAGCCUUCUGUCAAACCUGUGCGAAAUGUUCACUUUCCCAAUGACAUAGUCUUUCAGGAUUAUGUCCGCCAAGGAGAGCUGGAGAGAAUUGGACGCUUCAUUAGAACUAGAAGAGUGAGUCUGGACACCAUCUAUCAUUCAGGCAUGGCAGCCAUUCAUGAAGCAGUCUUAUCUGGAAACCUGGAGUGUGUAAAGCUUCUGGUAAAAUAUGGGGCUGACAUCACUCAGAGGGACGAGGACGGAUGGACUCCACUCCAUAUGGCCUGUAGUGAUGGCUUUCCAGAAAUAGCAAAAUACUUGCUUUCUUUGGGUGCAGACACUGAGGCUGAAAAUGACUGUGGGGAGAAGCCUGCUGACCUUAUUGACCCAGACAGCAAAGAGCUGCUUGAACUCUUCGGGGUUGGUGGUGCCUGAACUUGCCUGACACUCAUGUUCUGAUUACUUUCUUCUUAUAUGGCAGUUGCCAUGUUAAAGAGAUGGAGGAACAAAGGAGUGGAACAGCCCCUGUGCUGGUGGAGCUGGUAUUGCAACACCUUGACAGAGUGUCUGGUUAUAAUUGUCUGGUCCUGCAUAUUUGGACCAAUGACAGUGAUUAGGAUGUGAGUUGCACUUACCUCCACAGGAAGGAGCUCUUCCAGUGUAAACGAUGCAGUGUGUUCUUGCUGUAGGCUAACAACAGUUGCAACAGCUUUUGUGUCAGUUUGUUAUAAUUGAUGUUUUUCUAUGCACUAUAGUAAGAGUUUGAUAAAUGUGACUGUGAUUGUAUGUGAUUUUUUUUAGCAAUUUACAUAAAACAUGACACUGUACAGAAAGUCUUAAUUUUAUACAUGCCUGGAUUAAAUGUUUUUAUACCUAAAUAUACA